AUUGCUUAUCUCCCUUAUUACAGACGACUUCCCAUUUUUUCUGACUAAAAAUUCAGAAAUGUCUUGAUUUGUUAAAGAUAGCGAACUGAUCUGCAUCUGUAAUCCUAAAUGAUGUGCUAAUCUACCUACUCCAAAUAACCAUGUCAUUCGAAGAAUUAGAACAGGAACCAUUCAAUGCGCAUGAAUUUGUCGAAAGAUUGGCAUGGAAAGUCAUUGGAAAAAAAUCCAAAAAUAGCUAUGAAAAUUUUGACCCCUGGUCUUUGCAUUCAGCAUUUGAAGAUGUUAUAAAAAAUCUAGAGGAGAAAAAUAAGCAGAUAGAGAGGAAUAUUGAAAAGUUGGAGCAGUCUUGUAAAGAUGAAGAAAAGAAGCACUGGCAAAGAGUGGCUGACCUACAAAGAAAAAAUCAGUCAUCAUAUUCCCACUUUCAAUCUCUUGAUGAAAGAAUAAACUUAGUGGCAACCAAAGUUGUUCACUUAGGAGACCAACUUGAAGGAGUGAACACCCCGAGAGCUCGAGCUGUCGAGGCUCAAAGACUCAUGAACUACUUAGAUGAGUUCAUGUCAGAUGAACCUCCCAAGUCAGCUGUUUUUACUGAUCCUUUUCAGUUGCAACUGGCCGCUGAUAUCAUUCAGAAAUUAUACCAAAUUGCACUGGAACUACCUGCUAAUGAUAAAUUUGACAGAGCUCGUAAAAAGAUAUGGGACAAAUACAACUAUGUGGAGUCAGAACUGAUCACAGAAUUCAAAAAUGCCCAUUCUGAUGGAGAUAAAAGAAAAAUGAAAAAAGUAGCUGCUGUGCUAUCCAACUUCAAGGGUUAUGGACAGUGCAUAGAGACCUUCAUCACUGAGUCUCAGCUUGGGGCAUACCUGAGGCCGGAUCCGUUUGAUGAUGUCCUCCCCCUGUGUACACGGUCCAGUGAGGUGAUCGCUGAGGUGUUCAGUAACCCAGACACAGUGAUGGCCAAACUCGUACAGAACAUAUUCCAUGGCAAACUUCAGAGUCACAUUUCUUCCCGACUGGAUCAUUUAGAGGACCCAGAAGAAUAUCUUGUACAACUUUACAAGUUGUAUACCAGGACAGUGAAGUUGUCUGAAGAAUUGUCACAUUUUAAGAUGGGCAGUGACAGUCUAUUUCUCACCAAACUAACCAAACAAAUCUUUGCAAAACAUCUGGAAGCUUAUAUUGGGUCUGAAACAAAAUAUCUGAAGGAGAGGUGUUCAGCUCAUUUACAGAGAUACUAUGAGGACAAUAAUCAUAUUAAAAAACAGAUUCAGUCUGGGGGCUUGGUGGAUUUUAAGAGAGACCUUCAGGCAAAGAUUGGCACCCUUACAAAAGCUAACGUAAACAUCGGUCCAGCGGUAGAGAAUUACGGUGGAGAGACAUUUCUAUCCCAGGAAGUGACCAUAAGCCUUCUACAGGAGGCCAAGAAUGCAUUCAAGCGCUGCCAUGUGCUGUCCAGUAGUUCAGACAUGCCUAGCAAUGCUGUGCAGGUGUUGGACGUCUUGAUCCAGUAUUUGGUUGUUGAACACAUUGAUUAUGCAGUUGAAUUAGGAUUACAAGCUAUUCCUCUACCUGACCCUAGGACUCCCCCUCAGGUGUACUUCUUUGAUGUGGUCGGCCAGGCCAAUACCCUGUUUCACCUGUUUGAGAAACAGUUCAUGGACUCUCUGGUCCCUCUUGUCAUAUCCUCACCCAGACACAGUGAAUGCCUGCAAAAGAAGCGAGAUUUACGAGACCAGCUGGAGAGUAAGAUUGACAAUGGACUGGAUCGGACGUUGACCGCCAUUACAGGCUAUGUUAAGUUUCUUUUAGCUGCGGAGCAGAAGAAAACAGACUUUAAACCAGAUGAUGAUAGUGCCAUGCUGGCUAUGGUGUCACCAGCUUGUUCAAAAGUGGUCAAGUUUAUCUAUGGAAUACACAAGAACAUCCGUGACAGCCUGGACGGGAAGAACAUAGAUGUUGUCCUGUCAGAGCUAGGGGUCAGGCUGCAUAGAGUGCUCUUUGAACAUCUACAGCAAUUUCAGUAUAAUUCACUUGGUGCCAUGUUGGUGAUUUGCGAUGUCAAUGAAUACAGAAAGUGUAUGAAGGAAUUCAAGAUCCCAGUUGUUUCCGAUCUGUUUGAGAAACUCCACGCUCUGUGUAAUCUUCUGGUGGUCGUUCCUGAAAAUCUCAAGGAAGUGUGUAGUGGGGAAACAUUGACUGGAUUAGACAAGUCCGUUUUACAGGCUUUUAUUCAGCUGAGAACAGAUUACAAAACAUCAAAGAUAGCCAUGAUGUUGAAAUGAGGAAAAAAUAACAGAAAACCUUGAAUGUUUUGAGUCAUUGAGAAAGACAAUUUCUAUUAUAUUUUAAAAAAUUAAUAAAUAUAUGAAGAUUUUAUCAUGAGUACAGUAGAUGCUGUAUGUGCAUGUUUUGAUCUUGAUUUACUGGUAGCUUGAAUUUCUAAUUUGUUUUCUCAGAGCUUUGUACAACUUUAAGAAAAUAUUCAGAAUCAAAAUUCAUUGUUGGACUGUUCAUGUUAUAAUAUUUUUAUACACCAGUUGAAGUGAAAAGUAAAUACACCCAAGUAUCAUUUAUUAAGGGAGAUAUCCCUACUGAUCUGACAGACAAUUCCCGCAGAGAUAAGUUUAUAAGAGAAUUCCAAAAUUCUGUCAAUUUUUACCCUAUAGCGCAUUGUGAAAUCGAAUGCAAUUCAACAUAUUGCAGUUAAGAUUUCUUUUGGGAAAUCAUUAUCACUUGAACUAAGAUUUUACACCAAAUGACAAAGAAGUAUUUACAUUCAAUUUGAAAUGAUCUUUAUGCACAGUCAUCAUUACUACUGUAAUUGUUUUUGAUUUAUACUACAAUGGAUAUUUUGUGUGGAGAGAGAGAGAGAGAGAGAGAGAGAGAGAGAGAGAGAGAGAGAGAGAGAGAGAGAGAGAUGCUUCUAAACCUUUACAGAUGUUUGAUUAUUGUUGUAUAUGCUUUGAUGUGCAAUAUUUAUGAAUAGUACUUACCAUAUACCUAUACAUGUUAAUUGAAGGUCUGAAAUAAAACUUGAAAAAAUAUG